AUGGCGGACCCGGCCCGGGAUGUGCUCGGUGCCGCUACUGUCCCGGAGCCGCCGCCCGCAGGCUCAUCCCCGCCCGCCGCCGGCGAUGGGGUGGUGGCCGCGGGAGAAGCGGCAGUCGCAGAGGGAGCGAGAGAAGGCGAGGUGGGGGAGGCUGGCGGUGGCAGCGAGCUCAAGGCGGAGGUGGCGGACGGGGAGGUGAGGAGCGCGGAGGGGGAGGCGGCGGACGCGGAGGACCCGGGGCUGCAGGCGUGUGCGGCCAGGAAGGUGAAGCUGGAGCUGAAGGAGCGGAAGGAGAAGAAGCAAAAAGUAGACGAGGAUGAGAUCCAGAAAAUGCAGAUCCUGGUCUCCUCCUUUUCCGAGGAGCAGCUGAACCGCUACGAGAUGUAUCGUCGCUCUGCCUUCCCCAAGGCCGCCAUCAAGCGGCUCAUCCAGUCCAUCACCGGCACCUCCGUGUCCCAGAAUGUCGUCAUUGCCAUGUCGGGCAUCUCCAAGGUGUUUGUUGGGGAGGUGGUGGAGGAAGCUCUGGAUGUGUGUGAGAAGUGGGGGGAGCUGCCCCCCCUGCAGCCCAAGCACAUGAGGGAGGCUGUCCGGAGGCUCAAGGCACGGGGGCAAAUCCCCAACUCCAAGUACAAAAAGAUCAUCUUCCACUGACAAAGGUUGAAAUGAGCUUUCUGUAGGAGGUUCCCAGAUGGACUCUUCCAUAAGGCCCCUUUGGGGUGGCCUGUGUGACCUCAAGGAUGUUCCUGAUGUCCACACUGGGCAGAGCCUGGAUGCACUCUUCACCUGGACUUGAGGUCUCAACACAGCAGGGAGAGGAACAUCCAGGGGCUGUAAAGCAUUUCCUGCUCUGUGCCCAGAUGUGUGGCUUUUUUUGUACAUUAAACU